UCUCUUUCCUGUCUCCCUCCAAACCUCAUCAUAGCUAUACCAAGAAGAGUACUCUUUCCAAAAUGUCUGAUAUCUCGAGCUCCGUGAAGCUUAAAUAUGUAAAACUCGGUUACCAAUACCUAGUCAACCACUUCCUCACUCUCCUUUUGAUUCCAUUCAUAGCAACCGUCGCCAUUGAGCUUCUCCGAAUGGGUUCCCAAGAGAUUUUCACUGUCUUGUACUCAUUCCACUUCGAGGUUCUUCAUAUCCUUUGUUCCUCUUUCCUUAUCAUCUUCGUUUCAACCGUUUACUUCAUGUCCAAGCCACGCACCGUCUACCUUGUAGACUACUCUUGCUACAAGCCUCCCGUCACGUGCCGUGUCCCGUUCUCUUCGUUCAUGGAACACUCUCGCCUCAUCCUCAAAGACAAUCCCAAGAGCGUCGAGUUCCAAAUGAGAAUCCUCGAGCGGUCAGGUCUAGGGGAAGAGACUUGUCUCCCUCCAGCUAUUCAUUACCUCCCUCCAGCUCCAACCAUGGAAGCCGCAAGAAACGAGGCCCAAAUGGUUAUCUUCACCGCCAUGGAAGAUCUCUUCAAGAAAACAGGUCUCAAACCAAAAGACAUCGACAUCCUCAUUGUUAACUGCUCUUUAUUCUCACCAACGCCUUCUCUCUCCGCUAUGAUUAUCAAUAAGUACAAGCUCAGAAGUAACAUCAAAAGCUAUAACCUUUCUGGUAUGGGAUGCAGUGCCGGCCUUAUCUCCGUUGAUGUAGCCCGUGACCUGUUACAAGUCCAUCCUAACUCCAACGCAGUCAUAAUUAGCACUGAGAUCAUUACUCCUAAUUACUACAAGGGUAAUGAGAGAGCCAUGUUGCUCCCAAAUUGCCUAUUCCGCAUGGGAGGCGCCGCCGUUCUUCUCUCUAACCGCAGAUCCGACAGGUGGCGAGCUAAGUACAAGCUCUGUCACCUUGUCAGGACUCACCAGGGUGCUGAUGACAAGGCGUACUACUGUGUUAUGGAGGAGGAAGAUAAGGAAGGUAACGUUGGGAUCAACUUGUCUAAAGAUCUUAUGACAAUCGCCGGAGAAGCCUUGAAGGCUAACAUCACUACCAUAGGUCCUCUGGUUCUACCCGCAUCGGAGCAGCUUCUCUUCCUCUCAUCUCUUAUUGGACGUAAGAUCUUCAAUCCAAAGUGGAAGCCGUACAUACCAGACUUCAAGCAGGCCUUCGAGCAUUUCUGCAUCCACGCAGGAGGAAGAGCAGUGAUCGACGAGCUUCAAAAGAGUCUGCAGCUGUCAGGAGAACACGUGGAAGCUUCGAGGAUGACACUACAUAGGUUUGGAAACACGUCUUCGUCUUCAUUGUGGUAUGAGCUUAGCUACAUUGAGGCUCAAGGGAGGAUGAAGAGAAGCGAUAGGGUUUGGCAGAUCGCAUUCGGAAGUGGAUUCAAGUGUAACUCCGCUGUGUGGAAAUGUAUCCGUACGAUCAAGACACCAACGGAUGGACCAUGGUCGGAUUGUAUCGAACGAUACCCUGUCUUUAUCCCUGAAGUUGUCAAACUAUGAAUAUAAAUAGUUUAUAAAAAGGUAUCGGAAAACAGAGAAAACAAAAAAAGCAAAAAGAUACGACGAAUCAAUUCAUAUCUGCGUUUACUUUUUCAUUUUGAGAGUUUUUUUAAUUUGUUUUUCUUUUUAGUUUUCAAUGAUGUGAGUUGUGAAUUGUGAUUUAUCAAAUACUACGAUUUUAUUGUGGUGACAAAGACUAUGAAACAAACGGAACAGAGGAAGCAGAUUUUAAAGUA